AAGGCUCUUUUUCUCUUGUCCGCCAUCCUAUGUGCGGUUGGAUUUGCUCCUCGUCAUGUCUUCUCACAAGACUUUCAGGAUCAAACGAUUCCUGGCCAAGAAACAAAAGCAGAAUCGUCCCAUUCCCCAGUGGAUUCGAAUGAAAACUGGUAAUAAAAUCAGGUACAACUCUAAGAGAAGACAUUGGAGAAGAACCAAGCUGGGUCUAUAAGGAGCCUCACAUAUGAAGUGGCACACAUAAUCAGAACAUCACUAGUGUCUGGAACAGCUGCCUGUGUUUGAUGCUCUCUCCUCUUUUCUUGAUCUUUCCUCACCACUGCUCACUGUGUAGCUCAGUAAUAAACAUGUGAACCUUUUGUUGGAACUGUUAUUGUAUUAUUCUGGUUUGUGAUGAUGUACUGAAUAAAUACCCCUCCUAUCAGAUGUAA